UUUCCCUAACCUCGGUCGGUGACUGUGACUGUCAAAUGAAGAGUUUUGCUUCAUCGUCGUCGUCGUUGCGUUUACUUAUGUGCAUUAUUUCGCGUAUACACUAUUCGGAUUACUGCGGAGUGAAGAGAGAAAGUAAUUAGUGCUUGUCCAAGUGCAUUAUUUUGCAUCGAACCAAAUAGCUGAAACUUUGACCAAUUUCAUCCCGACGAGUGUGUAAAAUCUGCGGAAAAAGCCACCGGAACAUCUUAAAAAGUGAAAUCACGCAGUGACAAUGAUGGUGACGGAUUCGUAGAAGCACACGGCCCAAACCAGAGCAGGUGUGGAAUUUCAGUGGUAUUCGGUGGCGAAGUAGCGGACCGUGCCCAAGUAGGGGAUUUCUUUUACUCCGCUGCGAAGUACCCUUCCGGAACCGUCCAGUUAGUGCCCAGCAGUAACGGAAUAUUCAGGAACGGCGGAACAGGAAAAUGAGUUUCUUCACCUCCUUCCAGGAGCUGCUGGACUUUGACCACUCCACCAACCUCAAUGGGUUCCACUUUUCCAACAGUUUGUUUGGAUUUGAUUCGAACUCGAUACCGACGCUGGAGAAUAAUCACCUUCCGGGGCCGGUGCCGCUCGAUUCGUCCGUCACAACCGUCAACUCAAGGGCACUACUGAAAACACCUUCACCGAUACCGGAACCCGCUCCGCUGCUGGAAACUCCGAAGCACUGUCCGUUCAUUCAGCCGGUCCAGCCCACGGUGCAGCAACAGCAGCAGCAGCAGCCACAUCUACAACAUGAGACCACCCCGUCACAGUCACAUCAUCAAACAUCGCCCGUUCCGAUUGUGUCCAAGUUUCAGCUGAAAGUUACACCCAACAAUGAAAUCUACAUUUCCAACGAAUCCGGAACAUUCUGCGAACUGGCCGGCAGUUUCGUUCCGUCACAAGAAAUCGAACGACCGGCACCGGCACCGACACCACAAAUCCAAUGCCCAAUCGUAACCAAACCGAACCAACCCUCCUCCUGUGUAGAACCGGUGUUCGUUGAACCACCGGUUGCCAAUGGAAUACCACCGGAUCCACCAUCCAAGACACUGUACUGCAUUGAAAAGGGCAUCAAGCGACCGCUUUCGCCUUCCGACUGUCGCUACGGCAAUUCUGGCAUCUUCCGUUCAGCGGAAGCCGACGCAUCUCCACUAAAAAAGAAAACUACCUCCAACACUAGCAAUGGCCUUUUUUGCGGCGGAUCGGAAGCCAAACUUGUCGUAUCGAACGUCAUCAACAACGGGUUGAUUGUCAACAAGAAACAUCUCUCUACCACCGAGGAACCGUCGGGUGUUCCCACACCGGAACGACGGAUAAUGCGACCGAAAAAGCGCAAGAAGAAAGUCGUUCCGAAGGUGCUGCUUUCGGCAAAGGUUGAACCACUGAACGGUAAAAUUGUCGCCCGCGUGGCACCGGAACCGGCUAGACCUUUGGCGAUGGCCACGAUCAGAAAAUUGCCACCGGAAGCCGCUGGCAAACGGUUGGUCACAACGGGUGGUGUCGCAAAUAGCAUGUUGAAAACGACAACUCCGGCGAAAGUACCGGUUUCGGCACUAUCGACGGUUGCUUCCGCCACCGUCCACGGUGACAGUGCACUGAAUUUCUCCGGCAUUAAGGAGAAAGCGGCACAGGAAGCGAUUUUCGUCGAACGAGUUGAGAAAAAGGUUCCCCAGCAUCAUCAGGAAAUCUUGGGAGCUACAGCUCCGUUGAAUGCUGCUGCCAAAAUGAGUCCACCGACGACGGAACGAAAUCGCGUAGAAUCGGCCGCUGAUGUUGGGCUCAUGUCCGAAGAUGCCGGUUCAAGUCCGGCACCGGUCGAACUAAAAGUGGUCGCCGAUUUGGUUAUGGAUAAAAACGUUUUCGGGCACAUUUCACUGUUGAACAAUUCUCAUGAUCGUGGUAAAACGGUAAUCUACCAGAAUCCGGUCACCAGCACCAACGUCAUCUACAGCAUUCUGAAUCCCAAAUCUCUAAACCUCAAUCUCGGCGGCGGGGUGGGUCGAGGUGCUACCGCAACUCUAACCUUACAGCCUCAUCGCGGAGUUCGCAAACCGAAGAAGCGUGGCCGUAAGAAAAAGGUUCCGACGGAGACCAUCAAUGGUGGCGCGGCUGCCGAAGGUGUUAAUCCGCUUGUGCUACACUCGGAACCGAAACCCGUCGUCGAUCCGGAUGUUCCUGUUUCGGUGACACGCUCCGGUCGGCUCAGUAAACCUCCCCGCUAUGCAAAUAACUACUUCCAAAAUAUUAAGCAAAAAACCGAACAUUCCCCUCCCCCACCGCCACCACUACCACCUCCACUGCUGCCAAAAUUGGAUCUCCCGGCACCGGAUCCGGAAACUGCUGAAAAACUGCCCAACUUCUCCGCUGCACUCAGUUCCACGGUAAGCCCGGCCUCAGUCUCGCCCGGUUCGCUCGGUGAUGCGAAGCGCAAAAUGAAGGUCCCACUGCAGUACCGCUGUUCGACCUGUAACAAAGUGUACCUCGGCAAGCGGAUGCAGAGGCACCUGCAGAAAUAUCCCAGCCACAACUCGGAACGGGAUUGCGUUGGGCCGGAACGGGAGAAAAAAACCGAAAAGGAGGAAAAAUCCACCUAUCUCUAUAAGCAUUUGUUUGAUCUGUUGCAGAAGUUCACCGAAAAGGAUAAGGGUCGGGUCAUGUUGAAAGAAAUCAGCAACUUUGUGGACUUCGUGCGGGCGCUGAUUCCCAGGUUGAUCACAAACGAAGAGCAAAACAGCACCGUCGAAUACAUCGAUCACAACGUGGCCGACGUGCUGCGAUUGAAUCACGGCAAAUAUCGACUGAAAUUGUCCUCCCUGGCGGAAGAAUACGAAAAGCUAAACCAUACCGUAAGUCUACUGAACAACAACAACCCCAGCAAUCCCAGCAACGGGAUAUCACCACCUCAGAACGGAUCCACAGUUCCACCACUGACGAGCACCCCGAAUGGGAAUGCGGAACGGCAAUCGUUCACUUUCAAUGCCGAUGAUCUGCUGAACCAAUCCAGUUCGUUUCCCAGCUUGAGUACUCUGGUCACCGAACAUAACCUACUGGUGCAUUCGUGUAGCAAUAACAACAACAAUAAUAACAGUAACAACAACAACAACAACAACAUCCACCCGCAUCACCAACAUCAGCACAACAACAAUCAUCACCCGUUGCAGAAUCCACAUCCCCACCACGGUGGUAACAAUCUUUACAAUCAUCAUAAUCAUCAUCAUCAUCAUCACCACCUCCACCUCAACCAUCUGCCGCCGGUCGUCGGUUCCAACGGGCACGACGAUGCGAUAAACAGUCUGUCCGGGCUGUGUAAGUCCCCGGUGCAGCACUCCACCUCCGGUAUGGUCAAUAUGGCGCUGAAUCUGUACUGAGCUGAAAAAAAGGAACAACAAAAACAAACAAACAAACAAAAAAAAAAACAACUGCAACAGGAUACAAAAUUACGUUCUCACAGAAAAACCAUACACAAUUUCUCAGAAAACAAUAAUACAAAGUGAACAAGUUUUAAAUUGAAUCUAAUCAGAAUACAAAGAAAGGAUAAUAAAUUAAUUGGAUAGUAGUGAAA